AUGGCUUCGCACCCUGUGUCCAUACAUCCUCAUGGAGUUCGAUAUCAAAAGAUUCAUGAAGGGGCAUUAUAUGAUGACAACACAAGUGAUGAUGAAAAAAUGGAUGAUCGCGUUCAACCAGGCAGUCGUCAUGUAUACAGGUGGCUAAUGAACGAACAUGAUGCUCCAACAGAGUCGGAUCCAGAUUGCUUGACGUGGAUGUAUCAUUCACACAGACACGGCGAAACAGAACUGCAUGCAGGACUACUUGGUCCGUUAUUGGUAUGCAAAAAGGGAACACUUUCAAGUAAAAAUAUUGAUCAUCGUAUCGUUCUUGUUUUCAUGAACUUCGAUGAAAAUAAAAGCACUUAUAUUGAUGAAAACAUUGAUCGCUACGCUCCGGAACUCACAUCAGAAGAGAAAAAAACCAUAAAGAAAGAUGCGGAGUUUCGAAACGCGAAAGAAAAUUAUAGCAAUUUAACGAACAUCAUGGCGUACUUGAAGCGUCAGUCCGGCAUUCGUCACAAAACAUUGUUUUUCGCCGACAUAAAAGAACUGAUGACAUAA